CAAAGUACGAAAGAGACAAAAAGAGUGAAUUCCUUGCGAUCCCGAGUCUCGCACGUCCGUUGUGUGUGCUCGGAUCGUUUAGCAUAAAACAUUGUUGAUUACUCUCGGGAUGAGAUCGCGUGCGCGCAAACGCCACCGUCCGUACACUCUCAGUUUAUGUAAUAUCGCGUAUCGUAAAUACAAGAAUACACACGAGGCCGCGUUGAGUUUACACUAUUUUGGGAAAACCUCAACGGGACUGUCGUCGAAGAAAAAAUCGAUGGAUGCAACGCGAGUGUAAAGUGAUUCGAGGAAGCGAUUGAAGGGAAAUUAAAGCGACUCCAUUUGAUAGGAAGAACGAGCAACUUUUCCACCAUCUUGCUUUGGAAAUCGUCACUUUCGUGUUCUUAUUUUCGGUAAAGAGGUUUAUACACGGUAGAGUUGUAAACGCAGUAAAGAAGACGGGAGGAUUUCCGUUGAGGUUUCUCGUAAGGCUGAAGAGAAGGAGAAGCAGGCAAAAAGAGAUGCUGCAACGUCGCGGAGUGACAGAUAGUUAGACGGCAGAAAAGACGGCAAGGAAGGACGCCACCCUUUCCGCAGCACCCCACGGCGGAGCAUUGCCGUAUUGAUUUUUCGUACGGUCAAAGAACAGGGCGAACACUCGCAAUUCGGGGUGGAUACCAAAUGCAUCGAGGAUGUAUUAUUUCUCGAGACUCUUCAGAUUUAUUCUCAUCUCUGCGGUAUUUUGCAUUGGUUUCUGUUCCGAAGAUGAAGAAAGAUUGGUGCGCGAUCUCUUUCGUGGCUACAACAAACUCAUCAGGCCAGUCCAAAACAUGACGGAAAAAGUGCACGUCAGAUUUGGCCUCGCCUUCGUCCAGCUCAUUAACGUCAACGAGAAAAAUCAGAUUAUGAAGUCAAACGUUUGGUUGAGAUUCGUAUGGACCGACUAUCAGCUGCAGUGGGACGAGGCGGAUUAUGGUGGCAUCGGAGUGCUGAGAUUGCCACCCGACAAAGUAUGGAAACCGGAUAUAGUUUUGUUCAACAACGCUGACGGAAAUUACGAGGUGCGUUACAAGAGCAACGUUCUCAUUUAUCCAAACGGCGAAGUGCUGUGGGUCCCACCGGCAAUUUAUCAAAGUUCUUGCACGAUCGACGUGACGUAUUUUCCCUUCGAUCAACAAACGUGCAUCAUGAAAUUCGGCUCGUGGACUUUCAACGGAGAUCAAGUCUCUCUCGCCCUCUACAACGACAAGAAUUUCGUUGAUUUGUCGGAUUACUGGAAAAGCGGUACGUGGGACAUAAUCAGCGUGCCAGCGUACCUGAACACUUAUCAGAGCGAAUACCCCACCGAGACGGACAUAACAUUUUACAUAAUAAUUCGAAGGAAGACGCUCUUCUACACCGUCAAUCUGAUCCUGCCAACCGUUUUGAUCUCAUUUCUCUGCGUCCUCGUAUUCUAUCUGCCCGCUGAAGCUGGUGAAAAAGUAACCCUCGGAAUAAGCAUUCUCCUCUCACUCGUCGUGUUUUUGCUGUUAGUCAGUAAAAUUUUACCGCCGACAUCCCUCGUGCUGCCACUCAUCGCCAAAUAUCUUCUCUUCACUUUCAUCAUGAAUACCGUCAGUAUCCUCGUCACGGUCAUCAUCAUUAAUUGGAACUUUCGCGGUCCGAGAACCCACAGGAUGCCGCAAAUCAUACGAAAAAUAUUCUUGAAAUUUUUGCCCACUUUUUUGCUCAUGAGACGACCAAAGAAAACCCGGCUUCGAUGGAUGAUGGAAAUACCAAACGUUACCUUACCAGCCUCCACUUAUUCCGCUAGUCCUACCGAACUGCCCAAACAUUUGCCCACCGCCCUCGGCAAACCCAAAAUGGAAAUAAUGGAAUUGUCCGAUCUUCAUCACCCCAAUUGCAAAAUCAAUCGAAAAUCUCAUCAUACCACCGGAAGUUCCAACGCAGCCGGGGGUGGCAACGAAGGCAUGGCCGAUCGGAGGGGCUCCGAGAGCUCCGACUCUGUUCUCUUGAGCCCGGAAGCCAGCAAAGCUACGGAAGCUGUUGAAUUCAUUGCCGAACAUCUUAGAAACGAAGAUCUCUACAUACAGACCCGAGAGGAUUGGAAGUACGUUGCCAUGGUGAUCGAUCGUCUGCAACUUUACAUAUUCUUCCUCGUGACAACGGCCGGAACCAUUGGAAUUUUAAUGGAUGCCCCGCACAUCUUCGAGUACGUUGAUCAAGAUAAGAUUAUUGAGAUUUACCGUGGAAAGUAAUUUGUUACUUUUUACACCUUUACACGAGUGUCCUGCUUGGAAGUUCGUUAGCAGGAAGGGCACGAAACCUUCAACGUGGAUUCGUGUCCAGUUCGAAGGAGCUCAGCAAAAAUAGAGUGAAUUUGUUAAUUUUUCUCUUUCCAUGUCGCGACAUCGAAUAAGAAUCUAGACGAAGAAAAUUGAAAAAAUGCCAUACACGUAUGCGUACAUAUAUCCCAACUCAUGGAUCUUUGUACCAGAGAAUUAGAAUCGUUCUCCCAUUGUAAGAGAGUAGAAAUGAACGAUGGUCAACAGAAUCUCCAUUACGAAGUCAAGCAAAAAACUGCAAAGCUGGUUCAAAUCGAUCACCGCAGCGCUCUUUUCCUAUCGAAUUAUUUCAAAUUCAAGCAUCGAAGAUAAAAAUGACAACACAUAGCUACCAUCUUCUGAUUUCGAGGAUGAGAAACACGAAAAUAUUGAAGUAACAUAUUUACGGAUUUCUAUAAACAAUCCACUUGCUAUUGAAGAUCGUUAAUCUUAUGUUACAACUGUUAAGAGGGUUUAAGGGGGUCACCCUGCGUGGCGGCUGAAUUUUUUCCGUUUUUUUCGCGAUUUUUUUGCGACGAGAAAAAAGAACGUCGACUUUUAGAGUUUGAAGGGUUUAUCUAUUGGUAUUUCAACUCUAUGAUCGAAUUUUUUAAUUCUGAUAUCUGAAAAAACCAAAAAGUCUUCUGAUUUGUAGAACAAUGGGUAUAUCGUCUGAGCUAAAAUCAUACAGAAAUAUUCAAAAUUGAAGGAUUUUUGCGUCUUGAAACAUUUUUGAAAAUUGAAAUCUUGUGUUUCCAAGUGCGAAAGUCCUUUAAUUUUUAAUAUUUCUGUAUGAUUUUAGUACAGGCGAUAGCCACUGCUUUACAAAUCAAAACGCUCUUUGGUUUUUUUAUCUCGGAUUAACCAAUGCCCCGGAAUAAUGGAGACCAUGGAGAAACAUAUGGGUUCCUGGGGAGUAGUUUGACACUGAAUUUACUCGAGAUAACCCUUCAAAUUUCAAAAGUCUGUGUGAUUUUUCCUCGCCGAAAAAAAAUCGCGAAAAACCUCAAAAAAUCCGACUGCCCCACGGGGCGACCCCCUUAACAAAUAUCAUUAGAUCAUGUUCCAAACUCUGUUAUAUUUUAUAGAAAAUUUUUGUAAUAUCCCGCUACAUCGUACAAUAACCGAACGGUUGCUAUGAGCGACUACAAUGGAAAAAAAAAAAAAAAAAAAAAAAACGUCGAUAAAACACGGUAUCUCCGUUAUUAAUUGAAUAUCAAAUACCCAGCGUAAAAUCACCGGCGAAUACGACACGCGACAGAGACGACUUAAAAUCUCGUGUGUUAUUUAAAUCAAAUUACGUUUUUUCAAAUUUGAGAAGCUCAAAUGAUGAAAUAAUAAGAAAAAAAUAAUAAUAACGAAAACAAAAGAAACAGAAAAAAUACGAUGAUGUGUCUGCGUGUUCAAAAUUUAACGUGAUAUACAUAUGUAUAUUAUAGAUAUAUUAUUAUAUUACCUUUUAAAGUGCUUGCUACGUCGUAUAUUUAUCGGCUCUAUUUAUACGAAAAAUGGUAUGACUAAAACUCGUAAUCUUUUUCCCGAAUCGCAUAAUCAACAAAAAUCUUUUCGUUUCUACCAAUAUUUCGAUGACAAUCGAGUGAUUUUUUCAUCAGCUUUUGGACCUUAAAAUCCAUCCUCAUUGUUUGUUAUCCAAAGUCUAUGAAACAUCUGAAAAAGUGUGAUUCAUUUGCACGAUUGUUCAUCACCAAAGAAUCGUUCAUACAUAAGGACUAACGGGCAAAACAACCUGUGCACGCUUUCCCCAAAAGGUUAAGGUGUUAUCUCAUUCCAACAUCCAAAAAUCCAAAUUCGGCUUAGCUCCCAUUACAAAUUGUUGCAAAAGCCCAAGUCUUCCUUACAAUAAAUACAAUAAUUAGGAAAUAAAAUUCGAACGAGGAGGAAGUAGAUACGAUUAUCGCGCGGUGUAGCGCCGACAAUGGGAAUAUUCGCGACAAAUUAUUGUGCGCGCGAUGUUAACUCGAACGAAACACGUGAGUCGAUCGAAAUCGUAGAUGAAAAGGAAACAAGAAGACACGUCACAGCUCAAACAUUAAUCUUCUCGUCAGAUACAUGCAUUUAUAUAUGUAUAUGUACGUUAGAUUAUCCGAAGCUUUUAGAACGAUUUUUGUAAUCGAAUAUAUCUCGUCAUAAGCCCGGCAACGUACCCCAACCCUGAAUAAAUGAAGAAAGAACUAAAAUCAUUGUACCACCUUCGUUAUUAGCGAUACGAAUGAUGCGAAAAAAAACUAUUGAAUCCGAAUCGACCUGUAUAGAAACGAGAAAAGUUAGCAGGAUGAUGAAUGUUUAGGGAGUCAAGCUACCACGAGGAGGAAUAAAUAUGUAUUAGCUUUUACAUAAAAAAUUAAAAAAAAAAAAUGUACCGUAAAAGCAAAAUAAAUUUAUAAUAUAUAAAUAUAAAGAUUCGUUAGGAAGUAUGAAAGUGGCAGUUUGAAGAAUUCGUAGUUUAUACAAUUUCAGUUGUGUCCGAGUUUUAAUAAAAUACUAUUAACGGUCCAAAA